UCCAACUUGGUAUCAGAUGCUUCCUGAUCCCUUCUUGCUUCCGCCAUGAACAGGCUCCUCCGCCGGAGCCGCUCUGCCAGCUUCGACGGCCCGACCUCGGAUCCCUUCGCCGCGAUCCCUGUUGCCAUCGCCGCCCCCGCCGCCCCCGCCGCGGCCACCGCUGCACCCACCGCGGCCAUCCCUCCUCCCGCCGCGGUCUCCGCGGCCCGUCUCCCGCCUGACAUCGUCCAGGGCAAGCAAGCCGUCCCCGCGGGCGUCGCCUCUUCCUCGUCCCUGGCGACCCACGGCGCCCCUGCCACCACUCUUCUUCAGACGACCGGCAGUGUCCCCGUCCAGCCACUCCACCUCGGCGGCUCCAGCGGCGGUCUCGUGCCCCGCGUCCCCGCCCCCGCCAUCGGCUCUUCUUCCUCCGACGGCCUCCCAUUGUCCAUCUCCCACCACUUCACCAUGGGCCGGCUCGAGCAUGACUCGGGUAACUACACAAAAUGGCGUCAACUCUUUUACUUUGUAAGCUGCAAGUAUAAUGUGCAGCACCAUCUCGACGUGCCCUCCGCGCCGCUCCGCAAGAGCGCCAUCUGGCGCAACGACGACCUGACGAUGGUCCUGUGGUUCUACGGGGUCAUCACCGACGAUCUCAUGGACGUUGUGGGCUCGCCGGACAGCACCGCCUUCGACAUCUGGACGCAGUUGCACCUUCACUUCCGGGACAACCAGGCGGGCCGCGCCGUCAUCCUCGGCGCCGAGUUCCGGAACCUCGUGCAGGGCGACCUCUCCGUCGCCGAAUAUUGUCGGCGUCUCAAGUCCCUCACCAUCGAGCUCGGGGAAGUCGGCGAGCGCGUCACCGACCAGACGCUGACCCUGCAGCUGAUUCGCGGCCUGAGCCGCAAGUACCACGUCAUGGCGACGCUGCUGCCCAUGCAGUCGCCCUUUCCGUCCUUCGUCCAGGCGCGCUCGCGUCUUCUCAUGGAGGAGAUCACGGCGAACGAGCGUGCUCGCCUGGAUGCCGCCCCGAGCACUCCCCCACCGCCCUCACCAUCACCGACCAUGGCUCUAACGACCGCAGCUCCGAGCGCGUCCCCAACACCACCGCCGACCCGGGCAGGCACUCCGCCGCCGCCCCCAACUCCGACCAAGGCGGCCGUGGCCGCGGACGUGGCCGCGGCCCUCCUGCCGGCGGCUUCACACCGGGCGGGUCUUCCUCGUCUGGGCGCGGCGCGCCACUCCCUCCACCCGGGGCGUACACACGGUACUUCACCCCGUACGACGCCCUCAUCUCGCCACCCUCCCAGGGGCGCGGGCAGUGGGUCGCCCCCAACGCCGCCGGGGUGCUCGGUCCCCGGCCUCCUCCUCCGCAGUAGGCGUACCCGAUGAUCACUCCUCCCUCGCCGCAGCAGGCCGCGCUGACCUGGGAGCAGUACAACCACCUCUACACCGCCCUCCAGAACCUCUCCAUGGCCCAGCAACAGGCUGGCGGCGCCCAAGAGUGGUUCCUCGACACGGGGGCCUCAUCACACAUCACCGGACCUCCUAACCCGGCGCAUCAUGAUGAGGUGCAAUAGUUACGGUGAUCUAUACCCUUUCUUCAGCAACGUCGGCGUCCAGCAUGCGCUCUCCGUGGUCGGCAACUUAUGGCAUCUCCGUUUGGGCCAUCCCAGCAAUAACUGUGUUUCCAUUUUAGCCAAAAACUUCCUUCCUUCUUGUAAUAAUGACAAUGCAAAAUCUAGUGUUUGUGCUUCUUGUCAAUUAGGAACGCAGCCCCGGUUGCCCUUUUAUUCAUCUUACUCUGUCACCACCGCUCCUUUCCAAUUAAUACAUUGCGAUUUAUGGACU